AUGAACCAAUAUUCGAUUUGGGUACUAAAAAGAGAAUAGAAAAGAAAGGGAAAGGGAAAGAAUCAGCAAGAAACGAAAGGAAGUAGGACUGCAAUGGCUGCUGUGCAACAAUCAGAUGCUCCUUUAGCUUCAACCACCGACGAAAAACCCAUUUCCAACAUCGUCAUAGUCAUUGCUAUGCAGACGGAGGCACAACCUGUUGUCAAUAAAUUUGAGCUCAUCGAAGAUCCUAAUUCUCCUUUUCCAGAAGGUGUUCCUUGGGUACGUUAUCAUGGGAAAUUCAAAGGUCUCAAUUUGAACUUGAUUUGGCCUGGUAAAGAUCCUUCUUCUGGGGUUGAUAGUGUUGGCACCAUAUCCUCUGCUCUUGUUACAUAUGCUGCUAUUCAAUCUUUCAAACCUGAUUUGAUCAUUAAUGCUGGCACUGCUGGUGGCUUCAAGGCCAGGGGAGCUAGUGUCGGUGACAUUUUCAUUGCAUCAGACUGUGCUUUUCAUGACAGAAGAAUACCCAUUCCUGUUUUUGAUCUGUAUGGAGUUGGUUCACGUAAAGCUUUUGAAACACCAAACCUUGUAAAGGAACUUAAUCUAAAGGUGGCUAAAUUGUCUACUGGUGACUCUUUAGAUAUGACACCGCAGGAUGAAUCAUCAAUCACGGCAAAUGAUGCAACUGUCAAAGAUAUGGAGGGAGCAGCUGUUGCUUAUGUUGCUGACCUUCUUAAAGUUCCUGCAAUUUUUGUAAAAGCUGUGACUGAUAUUAUUGACGGUGACAAACCAACUGCUGAAGAAUUCCUACAAAAUUUGGCUGCUGUAACUUCUGCACUUGAUCUGGCUGUCGAACAGGUCAUUAAUUUUAUCGAUGGAAAGUGCAUAUCUGAACUUUGACUACCUAAUUUCGUCUUUCCAAUUUUUUUUAUAUGCAACGCUCUACAAUUGUACACUACCAAUUGAUUGGAAAUAUGUGAGAUUUAAGCAAAAAUGGUAAACUGAGAAGGAUAUUAAAGCUCCGACCACACCACUCUCUUGUGGCCGAUAUUGUAUGCGUCAUUCAUUGCAAACAUGUAUAAUGACAUCCUCUUAAUUUAUAUCGCCAA